UCAGGAGAUGGCCACCAGCAGCAGCAGCAGAUAGAGACGCAGCAGAUGCUGGUUGCCAAGGAACAGCGGCUGAAGUUUCUCAAGCAGCAGGUGGGUGUGCUGGCAUCACUAGUGCUGAGAGGGUCUAUGUCCCGCCAGAGUACUACCGGCACGUACCCUGGCAUCAGCAGAAUCGCGAGCGAGAACGAGCGACUGCGCAAGCUGAGGGAGAAGGUGGAGGCGCAGGAGCUGAAGCUGAAGAAGCUGCGAGCUCUGCGCUUGUCGGGAGGGGGUGUGGACCUGACCUUGGCUGAGCUUCAGGAGAUGGCCACCAGGCAGCAGCAGCAGAUAGAGACGCAGCAGCAGAUGCUGGUUGCCAAGGAACAGCGGCUGAAGUUUCUCAAGCAGCAGGUGGCAGCAGAGCUGGACUCCAUCCGGGUGCUGUUCAGCGAGAAGGAGAUAGAACUGACGACGGCCGUCGCGAAGGUCGACUCGCUCACGCGACAGCUGGAGGAGAUUCGCCGCGGCAAGACGAACGGCUACAGCAGCACCGCCAACACGCACUCACCCGCCGCCGUCGAACUCGAGAAGCUGCGUCGCGAACUCAUGAUCCGUAACAAGUUGAACGAGCAGCAGCACGGCAAGCUGGUCGCGCAGAGCGACGCGCUCUCCGAGAAGCAGAACGAGAUGGGCGUCAUAGACAAGCGCAUAGAGGAGCUAACGCAGCGUCUGCGCCGCAAGCGCCAGGGAAACAACAACAAUGGCAACAACAGCCCGCAGCAGCAGCAGCAGCAGCAGCAGCAGCAGGUGCAGCUGAGGGGAGCGGCGGCGAAGGGUCGGACGCGCCCUCUCAGCGCCAACGUCGCCGCCGUCGAACCGUUCAAACACGUACCGCAGCAGCAGCAGCAGCAGCAGCAGCAGCAGCCGGUCAUGUCGCCCCUCGCUGACGACAUGCACCCGAAGUUGAUCAGCAUGCAGACGGCGUCCGACCGCCGCGACGCAAAGACGCCACCGCCCGCCGACGAGGCGACGACGCUGCCCGCGAACGGACACGCGGGGUCGCCGCCGUCGCCGGUCGUCGUGCCGACGCUCGGUCAGGCGACGGUGAUAUCCGCGAUGGAGGCGACGCUGAAGGAGGCGGAGAAGACGACGGAGCAGUACCUCACGCGGCGCCAGCACGCCACGCAGCCGGGCCGCGGCCAGGCCGAGGGCCUCAGCAGCCCGUCGUCGCCAGAGGGCGGCACCGCGGCGGUGGCGCGUCGCUCGCCCGUGGACGCGCGCGCGUCGCCGCCCGGCGUGCGGCUCCACCCGCCCGCGUUCAUGCGACCCGUCAAGCGCGAGCCGAUCACGAUAAACGUGUCGAAGGGGGCGCCACCGGCGCAGCAGCAGAAACCGGCCGCGCCGUCGCCUCCCACCUCCGUGAGCUCGCUGUCGUCCACCAGCAGUCUGUCGCAGGAGGAACGCGCGCAGCCUCCUCCUCCUCCUCCUCCGUCCGCCACGGAGAGGAAGCCGGAAGAGAAGACGUCGGCGACGCCGAGUCCGGAGCCGGGGAAGGAAGCGGUCGACGCGGGCGUGGUCGAGCAGAGGGCGCCGGCGGGCGGCGACGCGGGCGCGGGGAGGUUCCAGCCGCGCGCGGUGAACGCGGGGCGGUUCGCGGGGAGGCUGGGCACCACGGCGAUGGACCAGUACCGCAAGAACAUGACGCAGCUCUACCAGGCCGCUCCCACCGCCCCCGCCCCCGCCCCCGCUGAGGCAAAGCUGGAGACACCCGAGGCAACCGUCGCACCACCUGCCUCGCCAGACGUCUCGGAGGCAACCAGUUUGGACUCCAAGGACCUCUCCUCCUCGAGCUCCCUGCCCCCGUUGCCGCCACCGCCGGCGGCGACAGCGGGCGAGCCACCGCCGUCUCAGACGAAGCAGGCCGUGUUCGGACGCAGCCGGCGCAUCGAGAUUCCGUCGGCGUUCCAGCUGCGCGGCAUCGGCGGCGGCGGCGCGGGGCAUCAGUCGCCGGACAAGGCUCCGCGCUACAACCCGCCGCCGCGCUACCCCGGCGCCCCCAGCGUGCACUACCCGCUGAUCGACAGCUUCAUACCCAACAUCACCAAGUCGGUAAAGAAGCGGCACUCGUUCGCCGAGGCCAUCCCCGGCAGCACAAACCUCGAGAUGCUGGCGACGGCGGCAACCCCGCCGCCUCCGCCGCCGCGGAUAGAGGAGGAGGAGCAGCAGAUGCCCGCUGUUGCCGGCGACGACGACGUAGUGAAUGUCGUCACGGAGCUGCAGGAUAAGGACGAGGAAGAGGAGGAUUCUUCGUCGCUGGAGCAGCCGCCACCACUAUCUUCCCCUCCCUCCUCCCCUUCCCGGUCACCACAGUCAAGCAGCACAGUACAGCUUGUCAGGGAUGUGCAGAAACCAAUCAUGAACAACCGACAGAAGAAGGUAUCAACUGAGAAGGGAAUGAAGAGGAGAGUGAGCUUUGAUCCACUGGCACUACUGCUUGAUGCAUCACUAGAAGGGGAACUGGACCUGGUCAUGAAAACUGCAAAGGAGGUUCACAAUCCGAGUGCUUCCAACGAUGAGGGCAUCACGGCACUGCACAACGCCAUCUGUGCCGGACACUACGACAUCGUCAAAUUCCUCGUCGAGUUUGGAUGCGACGUAAACUCUGCCGACAGCGACGGAUGGACGCCGCUGCACUGCGCUGCCUCGUGUAACAACCUGCCGAUGGUGAAGUUUCUCGUCGUGCACGGCGCGUGCAUCUUCGCUACGACGUACAGCGACCACGAGACGGCGGCAGAGAAGUGUGAGGAGGACGAGGAGGGUUACGCGGGCUGCUCCGAGUACCUGUACGGUGUUCAGGAGAAGUUGGGGGUGAUGAACAACGGGGCAGUCUAUGCGGUGUUCGACUACAAGGCGCAGAACAGUGACGAGGUGACCUUCAGGGACGGUGACAUGAUGUUCGUGCUGCGCAAGGGAGACGAGCUGGAGAAGGAGUGGUGGUGGGCGCGCUACAAGGACCGCGAGGGAUACGUGCCGCGAAACCUGAUCGGCCUAUAUCCUCGCGUGAAGCCAAAGCAGGAGAUGUGACUUCGUUGUGAAGCAUGAGGCACAGACGGCCGACCCCGACGGCCGACCCCGCACAGAGAUCACGCGCGGAGAUUCGCGCCCAGCCGCGGAUUCGCCGUUUUUCUCACCGGCGCUCGGGUUACGGGGACGACGAAAUGCGUGACGGCGUCGCUCUGCGAUGCGUGGCGUUGUUAGAUGUGUCGCGCGGGUGAUGCUCAGGUGUUUCACAGACGUCGUUGUUACGAUCUCACGCCGUACGAUCGGUGGGACGACGAUUGUGUUGCGUCGCGAGGCUAACGAUCGCGUAUUGAACGUUGAUCUGAUGUGUUGAUGGUGGUUACAAAGUAUUAAGUUUGCUCCCCCUCCCUCCUUCCCCGACGAGGUUAGCUAGCACUAGAUCUAUAUCAUGCGCUACGAUGCCAGCAACUUACUGUUUUAUACACGUAAACGGCGCAGACGCGCCGCAGCCCAAUGAGGUCGUUGGAUGGAUGAUGUACGACAGACAUACUGGUCAUCAACUCCGUCUCGCUUAUCGGCGUGUUUUGCUGCAUCCUCAUUCGGUGGUUGCUUACCUCUCCCCUCCUCGCCCCGACCCAUCCACCUGGCGCGAGUGGCUUUAUAAUCCCCGAUUAAUUUAUUCGCUGAGGAUGCCCUCGCGUGUCGCGGAGAGCGGCGUUUGCAUUAGAUGCCGCCCCGCGUGUGCUAGCUUCACCACGACCUUAAAUGUGUACCAGGGGGCGCUAGUGUGCAUGUUGCGAAGACUGCAGUUGCGUUUUUCAAACUUUCAUCUAUUUCGAAAUGGAAAUUAUUGAAGGAAUCGGAGAGAAUCUAUUUUAGAAGCGAGUUGAUGAUGCAUUGUUGAGAGUGUGAUCGUUCGGUGACAUUUUAUCUUGCCAGCGUUUAUUGUUAUAAACCGGAUAACGGUGUUUCAUAUUUUAGUGUUCGAAUAAUUUCGGCUAGUAAUACAUUGAUUUUAUGAACAGUUUAGUUGGUUGUGUACAUAUUUUAUAAUGCAAGUUUGUACAGUGUCAAAACAUUACAGAAGUCUUGGUAAUAAAUAGAUGAUAUAUGAAUUUACUACAACUGCAGUGGGACUUAUCGCAAAAAAUUGUAGUCUGUGCAAUAAUCAUGCAGCUGUAAUAUAUGGGCAAAGGCACAACA